GGUUUGGGGGCACGACCUGCGCGGCAAGGUUCGGCGCUGAUGGCUUCACCAACGAGCUGCGCGGCGACAUCCUGGCUUGGUUCGGCGUGCCGCCCGUGGGGGCGGCGCCUGCUGCGCCCGACGGCGGCGGGGAGGUGCCUGAAAGCUCCCCGCAG